GUGCGUGUGGAGAGUUUCACAGUGAGUUUAUUUGUGUCGUUUUCCUCUUUUUAAUUUCUUUUUUCUUUUAACUGAAAGGUCUUCGCAGACCGGAAGCUUCUGUUGUCAGCAUCAGGUCAACGGUAGCAGCCGCGCGGGGCGACACGGACACGUGUGUGUGUGCGCGCGCUCUGGUGUCGAACUUUAAACACGCGGCUCUGUGGUGGGUGAAGCUCCUCGUGGGCCUAAGUCACAGCUGUUUUACACCUGACUGAAGUUUGUGGACACACGCACACCUCUGAUGAUGUCAUCAUCCGAUGAAGAGUUGUAUCCGAACAGCUCCCGCGACGUGACGUCAUCACCGCCAUCCCGCAAAAGGAAACGUCAGAAGGCUCAGCAGCCACGGGCUCCACCCAGUGACGGGACAGACGGGACCCCAAAGAAGAAGAAGAAGAAGAAGGAUGGAGCGAAGGAAACAGGACGUGGCGGCAUCAAGACCUCCUCACUGUUCAAACACAACCCUGACAUCCCAGACAUCCACAGACCAGCCAUCGCUCAGCUGAAGGAGAAGAUUUUUACCUCUGACUCGUUUUCAGACCUCGACCUGCACCCUCACUUGGUGGCAACUCUGAACAAAGUUAUGAAUAUUUCUACACUCACCAGUGUACAGAAGCAGACUAUCCCAGCUCUCCUGGCCGGACGCGACGCUGUGGUCCGCUCUCAGACAGGAUCAGGUAAAACUCUGUCCUACGCCGUGCCGCUGGUCCAGAGUCUUCGGUCGAUUCAGCCGAAGGUCAGCAGGUCAGAUGGUCCUCUGGCUCUCAUCAUCGUCCCCACCAGAGAGCUCGCCCAGCAGACCUUCCAGACCUUCCAGAAACUUCUGAAGCCGUUUACCUGGAUCGUCCCGGGUGUCCUGAUGGGAGGAGAGAAGAGGAAAGCGGAGAAGGCCAGGAUCCGUAAAGGAAUCAACAUCCUGGUUUCGACUCCUGGACGUCUGGUGGACCAUAUCAAACACACCCUGAGCAUCGCCUUCAGCGCCGUCCGCUGGCUGGUCCUGGACGAGGCCGAUCGGACGUUGGACCUCGGCUUUGAGAAGGACCUGACGGUCAUAUUAAACAGCCUGAACUCUGCGGGACCGGCCCGACAGAAUGUGCUGCUCUCUGCGACGCUCACAAAUGGUGUGACGCGGUUAGCAGACGUGUGUUUAAACGACCCGGUCAGCAUCCAUGUGUCUGGCGCUCCCUGCUCUGACCUCACCACCACCUCCGCUGUAACAUGUGACCCCGAAGCAGCCAGCCAAUCAGAGAGCUUUGCUGUGCCUGAGGCUCUGAAGCAGUUUGUGGUGGUGGUUCCCAGUAAGGUCAGACUGGUCUGCCUGGCUGCUUUCAUACUGGACAAAUGCAAGUUUUCUCAGAACGACAAACUCAUCGCCUUCAUCUCGAGUUGCGAGGCCGUCGAGUUCCUCCACUCUCUCUUCACCGCUGUCCUCUCCAGGCCCUCAGCCAAUCACAAACCUCCGCUGAGGUUCAUGCGUCUCCAUGGCAACAUGAAGCAGGAGGAGCGCACGGAGGCCUUCCAGCAGUUUUCGGCGUCACAGUCAGGAGUGCUGCUCUGUACGGACGUGGCAGCCAGGGGCUUGGACCUGCCCCAGGUCACCUGGAUUAUUCAGUACACUCCUCCCACCGCUGCGGCCGAGUACGUUCACCGCGUCGGACGUACGGCUCGGAUUGGAGCGCGAGGAAGCAGCCUCCUCUUCCUCACCCCCGCUGAGACCGCCUUCAUCACCGAGCUGGCCAAUCACAACAUCAGCCUAUCAGAGAUGAAGCUGCAGGACAUCCUGACCAGUCUGAUGUUCGAUGAUGUCUACAAGGGGCGGGGCAAGUACCAUAGCAAGAGUUCGUCCAAAGCUCUGGAGCAGGAAGUCCGCGAGCGAGCGACCGUCCUUCAGACCGAGUUUGAGAACUUUGUCCACACGGACGCUCGGUCGCUACAGGCUGCCAAGAAAGCACUGCAGUCCUUCCUGCGAGCGUACACCACCUACCCUGCUCACCUCAAACACAUCUUCCACAUCCGCUCGCUCCACCUGGGCCACGCCGCCAAGAGCUUCGGCCUCAGAGACGCUCCGCAGGGUCUGAGUGCCGCCGCCGGUCCCGGGGCCUCCGGGGGCCGCAGGAAGAACCAGAACCAGGCCCGGAAGCAGACCGGGAGUCCGGCCAACAACCAGAACCAGAAGAAGCUGACUGGAAAGAAGAGGUUUGGUCAGAGGGAGGUCCGGCUGAUCCGCUCAGAGUUCUCCAGCGGGCUGGAGAGCAGAGACACCAAGAAGAAGAAGAAGAAGGAGGAGGAGUGAUAAAGAAGAGUCUGAUGUUGAGCAGCUGAGGCGAUGGUCGAUAUAUGGAAGAUGUGAUUGGAUGAAGACGUGUGAGUGAGCUCCUCCUCCUGCAUCUGAUUGGCUGCUGGCUGGUUGGCCGGUGCGCUCGUCGGUCUGUGACGUGAUUUUUGAGUUUCAGACAGUCCCAGAAUAACGACCAUCGGCCCGCUCCACCCUCACCACUUCACGCACGUUUCUGUCGCUCCGAGCUGCGAGUUUGAAACCCGAGUGCUGCUCAUGGACACGCCCCCGACUCCCCGCCCUGUUCCUGACUGUGCGCCUGUGUCAUUUGUCCUUAGGGGCCACCGUACUGCGUCCCCAACAUGAACCUGUGCUAAUAAAAGCAGAUGUUUGUGUGCA